CAAGAAGAGUUCAAACUUUACAAAAGCCUUGUGACGCGACGCUUCCGGAGUUCUUGCUGUGCGUCUUGAAUGUUCCUCACAGCAGGUCCAGAAUGCUCUUCUGACAUCCCUGAACUUCAACAGGUCAAGGUCAAGGAUUUGGAAGGGAGCGGUUCCUCUUUCCUUCCGAAGUUCUUGAACCCCUGUCCUGACUCCUGACUCUCGAGGCUGAUCCUAGAAGCGACUUGGGAAUUUUCACCCUGGGCACUUCUAAUAUUUAGCCUCAGCAUUUCUAGCUACUUGACGCACUGAGUGACCGUUUGACGGAAAGCUUCCAUUUAGAGCUGGUAAAGGCAACAGCGAACAAUGGCUUCCGCGGCGGCAAUGUCCGCCACAGCCUGCUCCAGAAUUUUCUCAUCCACGUUGGUGUCCUGCAAGGCCUGCAAUGACAGGCUGUUGAUGGAGAGCCCCGCCAUGCCUGGCAUGCAACUGCACAGGCGCCAUUCUCAAAAUGCAGGGCUUCCAGCAAUCUUCCGGUAUGGCAGCACAAACUCCCGGCAAGGAUACCGGCGUGCCAUUGAAGCAACAGUCGCGUCGCCCAGCAAGUCGGCUGCCACGCUCAUCAGCCCCACGGGCACCACAGAGUAUCCCCUUCCCUCAUGGUCAAAGUUUGAGAGCGGGGAAUGUGCUGUCUUCUGGGAAACCACCUUCGGGCGGCCCCCAGCUUCGGGAGAGCCGCUGAAGAUUUACUUCAACGCACGCGGCGCAACCGAGUUGAAUAUCGUGGACGACUACGUUGCGUUCAACGGGGGCUUCAAUCAGCCCAUCAUGUGCGGGGGGACUCCGAGGUCGAUGACCAAGAACGAGCGCGGCCCGCACUGCGACCCGUUCUACAGCAUCCGGAUCAAUGUGCCCGUGCACGCGCAAACGCUCGAGUUCUCGUUCACCGACGGCAAGGAGUGGCACGGGUCGUACAAGCUGUCGUUCGAGAUGCCCACGCGGUUUAGAAACCAGCCCCAGUCCUUCUUUGACCAGGGCUUGGCUGCGGAGCUGUCUGCGGAAGACGGGUGCGAGACCGCCAUCUUCCCGGACUCUGUCAUCAUCCAGGACCGCUGCAUGAUGCCGGGCGGGAUGGGGCUCGAGGGGGGAGACAGGUGCAUGCUGGAUAUCAACCCGGGUUGCAUGGACCCUGCCUCGCCUUUCUAUGACCCUCUGGCCAACGUUGAUGACGGCUCGUGCGACCUGGACGGCUUCUAAGCGGCCUAGAAGCGGUGGGCAUGUUUGAAAACUGGAUUGGGCUGUUUGUAUAGUGGUGGGCGCGAGCGGUGGCCUUGAAAUCGUCCUCACAGCGGUCCAGGAAAUCAGGUUGAUGUUGAUGCUAACGCUCCAAAGGACCUCUACAAGUACGGGUGGCUCAAAGAGAAAGCACUUGGGGGCCCACCUUGGCAGUCGUCAGAUGAUCCCUCACACAGGUCUUCUCAUAGGAAGCCUAGGAGCGUCAUAUUCUAGGACCCAUUCAUUCAAUUGAUAAGUAAGUUCACGUCAAGUGGCUUGGAGAUCUGCUAGCUCGUACAAGAUUGUGGGACGUACGGCACCAUACGUCGGGCAACACAAGCAGUCCUCUUUGCAUAUAAUAUUCGUGUCAAUGGUCAUCAUCGUUACUGUAUGUUGCCAUCAAUUCGGAGCUCCUGAUUGCUUGGGACAAUCCGGUCUAGCUCAGCCUAAUUGCCAGUGCAGCGGCGAACUUACAAGAGGCUAGCAGUCCGCAUGGUCCUUGGAAGGUUUUUGUGGGACAAGUGGCAUUGAGAUGACUAGAUCGAUCAUUGGUUCUACAAUUGCACACCGACAGGUGAUGCAGCGCUUGCCGAGCAGCGAACUUGACGGAAUUUCAACAGUAUACAGGCGAUACUUCAUAUAGUUAUUGUCAUUGUUGGAUCAACGUCG